GGUUCCUCCAAUUCCCGCCACUUUCUUCCUCGACCCCCAAAUCCAUCUGGACCAUCCCUCCCCACCCUUUGCUCUCUCUCCCCCAAACCCAAAUCCUCACCCGCCGACGCGGCUCCGCUUCCCGUCGACCCCCACAUCGAGCGUGCACACCCGCAGCAGCGAUGGAGGAGGAGAUCCGCACGGAGUUCGAGAGCAGCGGCUUCUCCAUCGGCGGCGCCGGCCCCAGCGACUCCGCCCAGAUCCUCUCCACGCUGCUGACCUACUGCAUCAACUACAAGAUGAGCCCCGCGGAUCUCGUCUCCAACUGGGAGGUCUACUACCUCAAUAGGCAAUUGGAUGGGUUGAAGGUUGAAAGCUCAUACCUUGAUGGGUUUUUGACACAUUUGCAAAAUGAAGUAAAAGACAAGCUUAUAAAAGAAGAAACAGACCUUCACGUUUACUCCAGCAAUGAUAUUGACAUGCUCUUGAACAAUGCACUCACAGAAGAAGAGGGAUUCCUUGACACACCAAGCACUAAACUGGAAAAGUCACAUGGAGAGCCAUCUAACUCCGAGCUAACUCCUCUGACAACUGAUAGGCCAUCAUCCAGCAGAGCGGCCAAAACAAAUGGUGAUCGUAUUACCCCUUUCGCCCAACGGGUAAAUAAAUUUGCUCAGCACUAUGUUUUGAAUGCUGAUGACAUGGCCAAUGUGCCAAGUAAACCUGAGGUUGAAACCUCAGAAGAUGAAUUAAUUAGAAGAGUCCAACCAAGACAAAGAUGUACCUUGCAAGUUCAACGCUCACAUCCCGAACCAGGUUGCAGGUUCAUGUAUGACAGGAUGGAAGAUCGAUUUAAUUACCUUGAAGAUCGGAUAAGAAGUUCAGCAAGCCUUUUUUCUGCAACUGGGCUUUGUGGAGAACCUGCAGAUGCGACCCUUGCUUCAGAGGACAACAUGUUCGCUGUUGGCAUGGUAAUUUGUGAUGGGGAAGGUCGUUUGAAUGAAAAAUCUAUCUUGUUACAGGGCAGUGUUGAGCACUCCAGGGGACAGCGUGUACGCCUUGACUUGAAGGACAUAAACGAGUUCUCUUUGUUUCCUGGGCAGGUUGUGGGCAUUGAAGGUCACAAUCCUAGUGGACAUUGUUUUGUUGCGUCAAAGUUGAUUGAUUCCAUACCAGUUCCUGUGGAUGAUCAACUGCCUUGUUCUAAGAAACAGGCUCUUGAUGAUGAAGGCCGUCAAAAUUCGAACACUCUAUCAAGAGUGUUGUCAUCGGUCAUUGCAGCAGGUCCCUAUACAACAACCGAUAAUCUUUUGUUUGAACCAUUGCAAGAACUGCUCUCAUAUGCCUGUCGAAAGCAGCCUCAACUGCUCAUAUUGAUGGGACCCUUUAUCGACUCUGAUCAUCCUGACAUUAAAAGGGGAACUGUUGACCAGAGCUUUCAUGAUAUUUUCCAUUUCGAAAUUCUAAGAAAGCUUCAAGAUUUUACCCAGUACUUGGGUCACAGUGUUCGUGUAAUUCUUGUUCCAUCUGUGCGUGAUGCUCACCACGACACUGUUUUCCCCCAGCCUGCAUUUGACUUGAAUUUACCAGAAGAUAUCACACAUCAGAUUACUUGUCUGGCAAAUCCAAGUAUAUUCAGUUCUAAUGAGAUACAUUUUGGCUGUUGUACAACGGACAUCUUGAAACAGCUGAGUGGUGAUGAAAUUUCCCGCAAGCCACCUGGUGGAAAGCCUGCAGAUAGGAUUGGGCGACUUGCAAAACAUAUACUGAAGCAACAAAGCUACUACCCUCUAUAUCCACCUGCUGCUGGUGUGCCUAUGGAUUUCUCACUUGCCAAGGAAGCAUUUGAGAUCUCAUCACCUCCUGAUGUUCUUCUGCUUCCUUCCGAUCUUGCUCCUUUCGUGAAGGUGCUUUCCCUGAACGAAGGUGCCGAGGAACAAAAAUGGUUUGUUUGCGUGAACCCUGGGAGGCUAGCAAAAGGUAUCGGUGGAGGCACAUUUGUAGAGCUUUACUACAAUGAGGACACAGACAAGACCAAUGCCUUCAUCAUGCGCAUCUAAAAAAAGUGCAAUAGGCUACAAUUUAACAAUGCACUCACCCCCUGAAUGAAGGAUAUGUUUCACAUUGCUUAUUUCAGCAAAGCAAAAUCAACUCAUUUCUGAUGUACUUUACUGUAAGCGUGCUGAAUUUGGCAUAGUGUGGUAACAUUUUCCUGCUGACCAAAUACUAGACUGGGAAUAUGAGAUUAAUGUGAAGUAACAUCAGAUGAAAUCCUAUUGCACAUUCCAUUGUGAAUGGAAACCCGAGAGUUAGUAAACCUUUUGUUCCAGUCAACUAACAAGUGUUGGCCAUCAA